GUAGCAGCCUCAAAGUCAAUGCGUACACAGACAGUUUCGUGGAAGCUCGUCCAGCACGUACAUCGUCACGCACGCCAACAGCAGAGCUUCCUUGCCGUCUCCGUCUCUGCUCUCCUCAUCCCAAGCAAGAAAAAGCGGAGCCCGAGACCCCCGGCCGCGCUCCCGCUCUCCUCGACGCACCACCGCGAACCAGCGCCGCUCGUACACAAACUCACACACACAUGGCCGGCGCCGAGAGCGGCAGCGACCUGGUGCUGCUGGACGUGUUCGCCAGCCCGUACGCGCAGCGCGUGCGCAUCGCGCUGGCCGAGAAGGGCCUGGCGUACGAAAGCACGGAGGAGGACCUCGCGGCCAAGAGCGACCUCCUGCGCCGCUCCAACCCGGCGCACGGCGGCAAGGUGCCGGUGCUCCUCCACGCGGGCCGCCCCGUCUGCGAGUCCCUCGUCAUCCUCGAGUACCUCGACGACGCCUUCCCGGCGACGCCGCCGCUCCUGCCGACCGACCCCUACGCGCGCGCGCAGGCGCGGUUCUGGGCGGAGUACGCCGGCCGGGCGCACCUCUGCGGGAAGCGGCUGUGGCUGAGGCGCGACGGCGAGGAGGCGGAGCCGGAGCCCGAGGCGCGCGCGGAGAUGCUGGCCGUGCUCCGGACGCUGGACGCCGAGCUCGGCGGCCGGGAGUUCUUCGGCGGGGAGGCGUUCGGGUUCGUCGAUGUCGCGGCCGUGCCGUUCGCCUCGUGGUUCCUCACGUACGAGCGCCAUGGACGGUUCGCCAUGGCCGAGGAGUGCCCGGGGCUCGCGGCGUGGGCGGCGCGGUGCGCGCGCCGGGACAGCGUGGCGGCUAACGUGUACCCGCCCGAGAAGGUGUACCAGCGCGUCCUCGAGUACAGGCAGUGGGUGCUCGGCCCAAAAUGAGAUCUCCGUCAUUCCCCUGCUUGCAUGGUCAUCUCAUCUGACCGUGUCUUUUUUUUUUCUUCUAUUCGUACGAUUGUGUUGUGUGUGCCGGUGCCCGUUUGGUGACAUCAAUUAAAUAUUCAGUCUUGUUUAUUUCACCUCAAAAUUCAAGAAGAUUUCAAGAUUUUCGACA